AUGAUUGAGUUCCGAUAUUUUGCAGCAACAGUAAUGUUAUUGAUGAGCAUUGGAGCAAUUGUACUCAAUAGUCUAGUUGUUCGACGAAUGUUUCGUGAACGGGAAGGAUUUCACAAGAUUUGCGUCAACAAGGCAGUCGCCAAUAUUUUAAUUGGACAUGCGUUCCUGAUCUGGGCUGUUCCGUGUUCUUAUUUAAACUUCCUCUAUCUUCCGCACCAAUUCAAUAUUUUCUUCGGUCAAAUUGUAGGAUGGGCACCUUAUUUAAUGUCUGGUCCAUUCACACAACUUUGUCUGGCUUUCAAUCGUGCCGUCGCAAUAUCUUAUCCAUACUGGUUCAAUAAACAAAACCGCUUUCCGUGGACAAAAAUCUUGCUCGCAGGACUUUGGGCCAUUUCUAUCGUUUUAUCUCUUCCAGCAAUGAUAGAUGGCUGCAGCUACAUAUUUUUUGUCGAGAGUGUCUCCUGGAGCCCCAUGGAUACAGUUUGUUCAAGAACUCUUUCUGAAUAUGUCACUAAUGCAGUUCUUGUCAUGGCUAUUGUUUCUUUUUCUGUCAAUAUUUCAAGUAUUUUCAAGAUUGUGAAAUCUGCUAUUGGACUGAGUGCCGUAAUGGAUGCAAAUAUGUCCGAAGCUAGAAGGAGAAAGCGAAGAAAGAUGUUCAUUCAAUGUGUAAUUCAAGAUUGUACUCAUAUAACUGAUUGUAUGUUGAACACUUAUGUAUACACGUUCUACUCGGCUCAAUGGUUUCAAUUUUUAUGUGGAGCUGUGUCAGCAUUGACGGUUAUUACGUUGGAUGGAUUUCUAAUGUCUGUCCUUCACCAAAGAUCAACCACCCCGAGCCAAACUCGUGAGCCACCAUCAAAAUCCCAUACCCACGAUACUCAUCAAUUCCGGAAUCGAGCAUUAAGCAGAGUAUCAGCAACAAUUAUGACAACUACUACGCUAUAA